GGUAUCGCUGCUAACAGCACAAGCGACAACCGAGGGAAAGCUAAUGGUCACUACAAUGGUGGCAGCCAACGUUCUGAAAGGUGGUGGCUGCUCAAUCUUUCUCUCUUCCCGCAGGUUCAGCUGUGGUCCUCCUCAUCCUCUUUAUACAUACUGCCCUUCCUUAUACUACUCUCUGCUUAAACCAAAAGAAAAUCGGAAUUGGAAUCUCGGCCGAUUGUCCACGGCCACGAAUGUGGCGGCAACAGCCCCAAGAGUGUUCUGCACGGCCUCGAAUGUAGCAGAUUCGGCCGCUGUCCCAACAGCAUCGUCGGAUGUUGUUGAUAAGAACAAUGAUAGGGAUUUGGAUGAUGAUUUGAAGACGAUAAGAGAUGCGGCCAACACUCUGGACAUAAGGGUUGGACGAAUUCUCAGAGCCCGGAGACAUGAAGAUGCCGAUUCGCUGUAUGUUGAAGAGGUGGAUGUUGGUGAGCCCCAACCCAGAAUCAUCUGCAGCGGCCUGGCCAAUUAUAUCCAAUUGGACCAUCUUCAGGACAAGAAGGUGAUUGUUCUUGCUAAUCUGAAGCCAAGGAAUAUGCGGGGUGUCAAGUCAUUUGGAAUGCUUAUGGCUGCUUCUGAUGCAUCACAUGAGAAUGUUGAGCUGCUUCUGCCUCCUGAAGGCUCACUCCCAGGUGAACGGGUAUGGUUUGGCUCCGAAGAUGAAAAAGAAAACCUGCCUGAUGCUGCCACACCCAACCAGAUUCAGAAGAAAAAGAUCUGGGAAUUAGUGCAGCCUCAUCUCAAGACAGAUGCUUCUUCUGUUGCUACACUAGGCAUGCAUUACAUGCGAACAUCGGCAGGCGUGGUUGUAUGUGGAUCCUUGAAGAAUGCAAGUAUAUCAUGAUCAAACUGGGAACUUCAUGGUAUCUAUGCGACUUCUCGAUAUCUGUUCAUCUAGCCUGUCACUCUAAUUUUUACUUAUCUAUUUUUUUUAAUCUUUUGGGAACUGUGGACAGAGAUAUGUAACUAGCAUAUAUUUCCAUGUUUCAUUGAUUAAGGUGUUUGUGGUUAUGUUAGUCAUUGCCACUCUAUAUACUGCCGCACAGCUGUGCUGUGCUGCCUCCUUUUGUUUUGGUCAGCAGUAAAUUAACAGGUAGAAAGAUUUAUGCUCUUAACCAUCCCUAGUAAUUGUGUAUGUUCGUUCUUUAUGUUGAUGAACUUGGGCAUUUAUGGAACUCCAAAUAGUUUGCUAUGAUGUCACUAUUAUAUCGAUCUGUAGUCCGGAAAAGUAUUUCAAAUUUACUGUGUAUAAGAAUUUUAUUUACUUAUUCGUUGGAUAAUUUUUAGUGUU